CGUUACACAACGACUGGCUAAAUUAAUCUUCAAUGCCAAUUCACCGCUUAAUUGACUCGAUUACCCUGAUUCUCAUAGCAAGGAGAAGUUUAAAUGAAAACUAUGGUGCAUUGUCGAUUUGAACACGGCGUGAUUGGAGUCUUGCUGAUUGUUAUUUGGGUGCUUCUGACCUCGCCACAAGAAAACAGAUCAUUUCGGAGCCCUUCAGCUCCAUCAAAUACUGAGCCUGAGAGCAAGACUUCGUCGACCACGGCCUCUGACAAAGAUAGCGGCUGCGUCCCUCACAUUCCAAGCCCGGUUCUGUCAGACCCCUCAAUUUUGUCUCACUCAGCAGUGAUCAACGCGCUAGAUGAGUUAAAUUGUCGAUUUCCAAAUGUUCUUGAAGAUGACAGAGAUGGUGUAUCCGUUGCCAUCGUGCAUGCCUCUGCAGGCAGGAUUUAUUCGUUCAAUCAUGGAUAUAAGAGACUCAAUGAGAGCGAGAAAAUUUACUCUGGAUCGACUUCCAUAUCAACACAGGGAAACAGUUUCGAAUUGAUUGAUGGCGACUCCAUAUUUCGCAUAGCUUCCAUCACAAAAAUGUUUACGGUGCUUGAGACAUUGGUUCUUUCAAAGAAUAGCCACGCUAAAAAGGGAAGAUUUCGGUUGACUUUGGAUACACGCGUUAAGGACCUCCUCCCCCAAUUUUCACUGGAUAACGCUUUUGAGGAUGAUGUCAAUGAGAUAACGCUCGCCAUGCUUGGAAGCCACCGUGCCGGUCUUGAGCGGGACACCGGUCUUUUUCUCGUGGAGAACCUUUAUAAUAUCACCUAUCCUCCAAGACGCAGGGAAAUUCUUCGAUCAUCUUUCGAGGUUGAAAAUGUCCGAGAAUCGGCAGAUGAACAUCCAAUCCACCCAUCUAGCAAGCUCGAACAGGUGGGUGCCAGGAGAGAAUUCGAGUGGCCUCCCCAAGGCGAUAGACCUCUCUUUCCCAAAAGGUCUCGUCAAUCAUUCCUAGAUAAGCUCAAACACUCCGACCAUGUUUGGAGGGUAGGAGAAAUGGCAAGCUAUUCGAACUCGGGAUUCAAUGUGCUCGCCUACGCGCUUGAGUCUUUUGAGAGGCAACGGAAGGGAGAGUCUCUCCCGUUUCGAAAGUUGGUCGAAAGGGAUAUUUUAACACCAUUGAACAUGUCGCACUCCUUUCUAGGCCCUAUUCCAAGUCAUCUUUUGGAAUAUAUAACCACUCCGAAUUUGUACAAUGUCGUCGACCUCGACAUGAGUGAAGCAGAUGAUGGAGCUGGUGGCAUGUUCUCAUCUACCAACGACCUCUCCGUGCUCUUGCAAAAAGUACUGCUUUCACAAAACCCGGCCUUGAUAUCCGCCCCUCAGCGUCAAGCUUGGUUGCGACCUUCAUUUCCCAUUGCGGAUGGAAAUACGGCUGUUGGAAUUCCGUGGGAGAUUGGAACAUUAUCAGAAAUUGAUGAUGCCCCAACAUAUCAGGUUUAUUCAAAGGGUGGAGCCCUCCCAGGGCACUAUUCACAGAUAUCCUUAAUUCCCGAGCUCGAAUAUGGCAUCGCGACGCUGGUCGCCAUAGGAUCUUCUCAGGAGGAAUCUGACGUUGGCGCCUCAAAUCAAACGUCCCCGUCAAGCAUAAACAGCCUGGCUCACAGCAUCCUUGCCCCGGCAAUUCUAGAGGCAUACCACGACGUGCUGGAGCGGCGGUAUGCCGGAACAUAUGUUGCUCAACAACCCUCUCAAGUCUCCGGGAUCGCUGAGAUUGUAUUCUCCAAAGGCAUGCUUGUGCUCAGAAAGCUUGUCGGAAAUGAAGUGGAUGUUCUCCUGCGACUCGAUCAACUCUUUUGGAUGGAAGUUGGAAAAGGAGAUCGAAAGUACGGAGAUGGGGCGAAGUUGUGGGGCACAGGGUAUGAUAAUAUCUUCAGAGCUGCACCUCGAGCAGGUUGCUCAUGGGGAGCAUUUGAUCCUUACCAAACGACUUCUGGUAUUGGCCUCGACAAAAUCGUCUUUGAAGUGGACGAAUCUGAUCAACAGCAGCUGAUCUAUGAACCUCUGAAUUUACGACUUACAAGGGUUCGUAGAUAAGGCCGGCAUUGCCUUGGGUAAAUCGUCAUUCAUGAAAUCCGGUAGCGCAUAUUUAAUUCAUCCUUCUCCUUCUCCUGAUCGCUUGAUAUGCUUUUCUCUUUAUUUGAGCUGAAAUUGUUCCACUACAACGAAUGCUAGCAAUUA